GCCAGAUUUGGGACAUUCCAUGCCUCUUGCUCCAAUUCGAUCCUUUCCAGGGGUUUGGCCUUCGUCAAGCAGAAUUUCGGUAUAUUGAACUGCCCUACUCCCUACCCUGCCUUUUUUGAGCGGACACCUCGCAAAGCGGAGUCUGGUUUGUAUAGCUCCCAACUCCACGAUGGAUAAGUCAUGCGAGGAGUGCAUCAAGGGCACCAUCCACAAAGGCCAACCCCAGGGCAAGGAAGAGGUGAUUCACGGCCUGAACACCUACGUGAUCGGCAACCGAACCAACCCUCGGGGUAUCAUAGUAAUUUAUUCGGACAUCUUCGGUCUCCCACUGCCCAACAACAAACUGAUCGCGGACGCGUAUGCCAAAAGCGGUGAAUGGCUGGUUUACCUACCAGACUUCCUCAAGGGAGAUCCCGUGCCGCUCAAGAAAAUUGAUCUCCUGAUUCCUGUUGAUGCCACAAAGCAGUCGACACUUGCGAAAUAUACAGGCCUUCUUGCUAUGAUGCCAUCAUUUGUGUUGUGGAUGGGAAGACAUAAGCAGGGGCCUACCAACCAGGUCUGUAUGGACUUCUUGCGGGCAUUAAGACGCAAGACCCCCAGAAGCCAGAAAAUCGGGAUGGUUGGAUUCUGUUGGGGCGGAAAAUAUGCAAUUCGAGCCGGACUUGAGGGCAACAUGAUUGAGAUCGAUGGGGAGAAGGUGCCCCUUGUAGAUGCGGUAGUGGCCAUGCAUCCAAGUCAUGUGGCCUUGCCGGACGAUGUUGAAGGCCUGGUCGUUCCUGUUAGCUUUGGAUGGGGAUUGAAGGAUGAGGGUGUCAAUAUCGAGCAAAAGGGUAAGGUGGAGGAGAUCCACGCGAGAAUCAAGAAAGCGGGAAGGAAGCUGCCGGUGAUGGAGCACAGAAUCUAUAAGCCUGGACGACAUGGCUUCGCAGUGAGAGGCAAUCCAGAUGAUCCGCAGGAGAGGGCGUGCCUGGAGGAGUCAAUGAAGCAGGGUAUGGACUGGUUUGCGCGGUGGCUCUGAGCGAUCUUUUUCGGGGCCCAGAGCGAGUUUGCGGAUUGUGGUGUAAUAAUUGACGUGAUCUUAGCAAUUC